AUGGUGGAUGUCUAUAGCUCAUCCAAAGGUGAAUCUGCUCAGAAGAAAGAAGGCUCCACAAGUCAGGCUGUCAGCUCUGUGCAGACCAGUCGUGGCCGCAGCAUCUCUGUUGCUUCUACCAGUUCCCAGUCAGGUCACCGGAGCCAGAAGGAUGCCUUGCGCCACCGAGUAUUCCACUUGUCAGAGCUGCUGCGGGUGGAGAAGGCCAAUCGAGAUGACAAUAUCUCAUGCUAUAUGGAGCUGGUGAGCAAGGCUGACCGAGAGAAGGCACCUUCCAUCCGCCAGGCUUUUGAGCGUAUCAACCAGCGCUCCUCAGCUAAUAUUGCCUAUCUGGAACAGCGUCUACAGGAUUCUUUGACCCAGCUGAAGAAGUUAGAGCAGAAGGUUUCAACAGCCCAGGAUAGCAGUGUUCCUUCCACCUCUGCAGUGCAGCAAUCAUUCACUCCCAGGAACAGCUUAUCCCUGCAGGCACCCCUUCAUAUGCCCAGGAUCCGCACUGCAGAAACUGUUGCUGUGGAAGAUGCCCGCCUCCCUACUGUCCUAGAGAGCAAAGAGAAUUUCUUUGUACCACAGGUAGUCCCAAAGCAAUUCCUAGGGGAGGAAGGCAAGCAGAGGCUUCAGGAGUUGAAUAGCCAGCUGAUAGAACUAAAAGAAGUUCACAAGAUCCUGGAAGAUGAGUGGCACAAGCUGGAUGAGACAUGGAAAGCUGACAAGCAGCAGAUGAUGGAGCUCCUGCAGGAGGAAAAGAGGAGGCACUAUCAACUGGAGGUACAAGUGAAUGAUGUGAUACAGAUAAACCUCAAUGAGAUUACCAACCUCAAGCAUGACCUGGCCUGUACAGAGGAGAAGAUGGUCUACCAGUCUUAUGAGAGGUCCCGGGACAUCUGGGAGGUGCUGGAAUCCUACCAGACUCGACUCGCCAAACUAGAAACACAGCAGCAGGCCCAGCAACAGGAGGUAAUGGAGCUGCCCCAGGUCAGUGUGUACAAACUGUAUGGGCAGCUCAUUAAUCUUCUGCUGACCAUUGCUGCUAUCCUCUUGGUGUGUGUCUCCACCAUUUCUGCAUGUGCCCUUCCUCUUGUUCGCACUCCCUGGCGUGCCACUGCCACUCUCUUUGUGAUCGCUUCUGUAAUUGCUGUCUGGAAGAACAUCCCUGAAAUUACCCAGCUGGAAUGGACAACUUGGAUACCAUUAAACUGGUAA